UCCUCACGCUUAUAUAAAUAAUUAUGUUACAGGUAACUGCUAAUACUAUAUUUACAUUAUAAUGUAUUCAUAGACGACUAGUAAUUUAGUAAUUAAAUAAUCGCUUUAAUAUUAAUCGUAUAGAUUGCAGUUGAGUAUGUAGCAAAAAUACACAUUACUCUUCGCAAAAAACUAAUUGCUGAUGAUUGGUGCGCUGCAUGGUGUAUGGCGUCAGAAGUGCACGUAAUAUAGCAGCUACAUUUCAAAUGUCGGAAACGACAUCUAUCGAUCGAGCAAAUAACUAAGUUUAGGUGUGCCCCUGAUGUUGGCUACAUUCUGUACAUAAACAAUGGCAUCAAUUGAAGAUAGUUGGAAAGAAGCAACUGAGGCAUUAGAUAAAGAUGCUUCUAACAUGUGGUUUGAUAAAUUAAAAGAAGCUUAUUCGGAAGAGAAAAGAACUUAUCAUAACUUAGAUAUGCUUUGCGAGAAGUUGAGUCAUUAUCAUGAGAUAAAAAAUAAUUUGAAGAAUCCACAAGCUUUACUUCUUGCAUUGUUUUUUCAAAACUUUGAGUAUGAUCCAAAAGUCAUAGAUGAAGAAAUUAAGAAUUUAGAACAUUUCAAUGCAUUUGCUGAAGAAGCCGGUAUUACCGUGAAUUCAGAAUUAAGAGAAGAAACAUGCGCUUUACUUAAGGUUGUUGCCACGCAUAGUACGGAAGCUCAUAAAGUUGGAGGUGCAUUUGGUAGUGAAGAUGCUCAUUACUUUCUAGAUUUAGAUAUGGCUGUUUUAGGCUCUCCGCCUGAAAAUUAUGCAGAGUAUAGUGGAAAAAUUCGUGGAGAAUAUGCUUUUUUGAGUGAACCUAUGUACACUGCUUUGCGAUUGAAGGUGUUACAAAAUUUUGUACAAAUUCCGAAUAUUUUUGCAACAAAAGAGUUUCGAGAAAAAUUCGAAGCACAGGCACGAGAAAAUAUACAAGCUGAAAUAGAAUUGUUAUCUUAAACUUCUACAGAAAUCAGAAAAUAUGUUGAGUAUGCCAAAGUUCAAUGUUAUGAACAUUUUAUGGUCCAGGUAUAUUUUCAAUCUAAUUUAAGAUGAAAAAAUAUCUUGGCAAAAAAAUCUAAAAGUUUAACUUUUAUUAAUAUUAACAUAUAUCUGUAAAUAAUAUUUCUCUCAUAAUAUUAAAGUACACGGAAAAGAUUUUAUUUAAACGAA